CUGUUACACAACCCGCCGCUACUGCCACCACCUCUUCCCCCACCACCGCCGUCAUCACAAUCGCGCCCUUUUAUUUUCCUCAUCCGCUUCCAGAAACCACAACGAGCCCCUCAGCAAUCUCAAGAAUUCCAAUCAAGUCCAGCAUCCUCCUUCUGUUCUCCGCCGCCGCUUAAACCCUCUAUAUCCUAUCCCUCUCUCUUCCUCUCUCCCUCGCACCGCCGCCAUCGCGAUCUCUGGCACUCUCGCCUCCGCCCUGAUCGCCUCGUACGUCUUCGUUUCGACGGACUCCGACGACAAGUCGUCAAGUUCUCUAUAUGACGGCGUACGACACGCCGUCCUCAAUUCCACCGAGUCAUUUAGGAAGCUUCUCCACCACGCCAAACAGACCGGCGUCGCCGCCUCCGUUUUGUUGCACUCUCUCAGCUCCGUCUUGUCCUCUGCUAACCACGAGGUCCGCUCCGGCUUCGAGCUCCGGGUCGCCGCGCUCCUUGCCGAUAUCGCCGCCGCCAAUGCCAGCCGAAGGUUCGCCCUUGUUGGGGCUGGAGGUGGCGUCGUUGUCGAUUGGCUGCUCGAGUCGGUGGCGGUCCCAAGAGAUGGCUGUGGGACCCAGGCCGAGUCGGCUAGAGCUCUGGCCUUCUUGAUCGCCGAUCCUAAUGUGUCCGCCGCCGUGCUCGGCAGGCCCGGUGCCGUUCCCAAUCUCUUAAAGUUCAUUUUCUCCUGCCAGCCUCAGCCGUCUAAGAAGCGUGCAAGACGCAGUUCACUCGAUGUUUAUGAACACUUGAAAGGCAGGAGCAUGCUUGUAGCUGCCAUUAUGGAUAUCGUCACAGCCAACUGUGAUAGUUUAGGAGAAGUGUCCUUUAAACCAUCCCUGUCAGCGAAUGCUGAAACACGGGAUAUAGCAGCUGCCAUUCAAGUUAUUGAAGAUGGUGGCAUGCGUUUGGACGAGUCACGUGAAAAUGAUGACGAAGAUGGGGACACUGGAAUCAAGGGGAUUGGUAUUAAGGUUCUUGGGGGUACAUCAGUUUUAGGCCUUUCAAGAACAAAUAGAGUUAUGAAGCUGGGAAGUGUUGAAACGAGUGAGGUGGGAUCAGGAAGGGUUACUCCUCAUAAUCUUGUCCUGCAAAAUACGCAUGAAAGUUCGAUUGCACAAAGUAAUCUGUCUUCUGCUGUUGUUCCUGGCCUCUGGGAUGAUUUGAAUUGUCAACAUGUUGCUGUUCCUUUUGCUACUUGGGCAUUGGCUAACUGGGCGAUGGCAUCGGAAGUGAAUAGAUCGCGGAUACAGGAACUGGAUGCUGAUGGGCAAGCUAUCAUGACUGCUUUAAUGGCGCCUGAGAGAUCAGUUAAAUGGCAUGGAAGUUUGGUGGCUCGCUUGCUAUUAGAGGAUCAGAAACUACCCCUGAUUGAUUCAGUUUCUGAUUGGAGUUCCAGUCUUCUUUCUACUGUUUAUCAGGCAACUAAAAAUGAAGACAUUCCUUUGGCUCGGGUGGCUUUGUCAGCAUUCUUGAUUUCUGUUGAGAGAGCUGAAGCACAGAAGAUUGUGAUGGAGAAGGGUCUUCAUCUGAUGAGAGACACUGCGAAGCGGACGAUGAAGCAUGAUCAUGUGCAAGAAGCAUUGUCAAAGGCAUUGGAAUUGCUUUGUUCUGGGGACUUGCAUUUACCUCUUGAAGAAGGCCAAAGGUGGUCUGCUGUUUUGCUUCCUUGGGUGUUUGGAAAAUCUUCCUCUGACACUAUACGUUUGUCAGCAAUAAAAAUCCUUUCUCGCAUUCUCGAAGAUUAUGGACCAUACUCUGUACCCAUUUCUCAGGGAUGGUUAGCUAUUCUUCUUACUGAAAUUCUGACUGAGAAAAAGGCAUCAUCAGUUAAAGGAACACCUCAGGCUAGAUCUGUCAAAGUGAAGACUCAAAUUGAUCAGUCAAACAUGCUUUCCGCUGCACAGACUUCUAAUCAGUUAGUGGUAGCUGUUGUUAAUCUAGCAGGAAAUCAGCUAGGAACAACCACUGAUUCUACUGAUACAUUUCCACUGGCAGAUCUUCUUUCCGCUGAACCUUUUUCUGGGCCAUUUAAAACUCUAGAGAAAGAUAGUUUGCCUAAGGUUAAUGCGGCAGAUUCUGCAGUGGCAACUCUGAAGGGAAUCAAAGCACUGACUGAAGUUUGUGCUGACGAUUCUUUAUAUCAGGAGAAACUAACAGAUUUUGGAGUCUUAAGUUUGCUGAGACGGUUUUUGUUACGUGAUGAUUAUGAGAAACUUGCUGCCAUAGAAGCGUAUGAUGCUUCUAAGACGCUUGAGGCACAAGAGCGAACCUCAAUUGUUCCUAAAGAGUCAUCUAUUCAGGAUAGUAAUAGUCCAUCUAGUGUCCAAGUUCCACCUACAGCUCACAUCCGUAGGCAUGCAGCUAGGCUGUUAACAAUUCUCUCGAUACAUCCAAAAGUCCAGAGAGUCAUAAUAGCAGAUAAAACUUGGUGUAAAUGGCUCGAGGAUUGCGCUAAUGGUAAAAUCGCAGGUUGUAGUGAUCUUAAAAUUCAAAGUUAUGCUAGAAAAACACUCGUAAAUGUAUUUUGUGGUCGCCAAAUUAAUAAAGAUUCUGCAAAUGGUGACGUUGCCGACUCUGGUAUUGCAAACGGAAACAAAAAUUGUCCCCGUUAUGAUGACAUGAUAUUCUUAAUCAAUCCUGAACUUCCCCAUUGGAAUUGCCCUGAAAAAGGUGACCAGGACACAAGUCCAAGCGAUGCAUCCUCUUCGGAUGAGGCAAUUUCUGUUGAGGGUGUGGAUAAAUCUGUGAGCAGAAUUUCAGAUGAUGUUAACAUAUCCAGUUCUGUGAAUGGAUCUCAAAGUAGUGCAGACACAAGGGAGCCUCUUCUGGAUAUUGUUUUUGUCCAUGGCCUCCGUGGAGGCCCUUAUAAGACUUGGCGCAUAUCCGAGGACAAGUCAUCCACCAAGUCUGGCUUAGUAGAGAAGAUUGACCAGGAAGCAGGAAAGCUAGGUACAUUCUGGCCAGGUGAAUGGCUUUCAUCUGACUUCCCUCGAGCUCGUAUGUUUACCCUUAAAUACAAGACAAAUUUAACACAGUGGUCUGGUGCUAGCCUGCCUCUUCAGGAAGUUAGCUCAAUGCUAUUAGAGAAGCUUGUUUCUGCAGGUAUUGGGAAUCGACCUGUUGUUUUCGUGACGCACAGCAUGGGAGGUCUGGUCGUCAAGCAGAUAUUACAUAAAGCAAGAGCAGAUAAUAUUGAUAACCUUGUGAAAAACACCGCUGGAGUUGUUUUCUAUAGCUGCCCGCAUUUUGGAAGCAAACUUGCAGACAUGCCUUGGAGGAUGGGACUGGUGUUUCGCCCAGCACCAACUAUAGGGGAGCUAAGAAGUGGAUCUCCAAGAUUAGUAGAGCUUAAUGACUAUAUCCGCCGCCUUCACAAGAAGGGGACGCUUCAAGUCCUUAGUUUCUGUGAGACCAAGGUAACUCCAAUCGUUGAAGGCUAUGGCGGAUGGGCCUUCCGGAUGGAAAUUGUAUCAAUCGAAUCAGCAUAUCCUGGAUUUGGUGAUCUCGUUGUAUUAGACUCAACAGAUCACAUAAACUCAUGCAAACCACUCAGCCGCACCGAUCCCUCAUAUACAGAGAUUUUACAGUUUUUGCGGAAGCUGAAAGCAAGCCAGAAAUGAACAGGCAAUAGUGCAAAGCAGGCAUGCCUCAGAAAUUAUGUUCAUGAAUCGUCCAAAUCCAACACCACCAGGCGUCCCUCGUGGUUUCUGAUCCAACAGGGAUCAGGUCACCGUGAGUCACGCCUGGGCGGUAAGCGGAACCAAAAAGCAUAUUUUUGACACAUGAGAGUUAAGUCAGGUAUCCUGUAUGUAUAACAGAAACCAAUCCGCUCCAACCCGUAAGCGGACUUGUUACGUGAAACUACAAUUGCCAUCGACAGAAGCGGAAAGACGGCAGAUUGUUUUGUACAUUCUCCGGAAUCGCUGCCGUUCUUGAUUGUACCCAUUAGCAUUGUUUUAUUUUUUGUAGAAUAGCACCAUAAACAAAGCAGUUGUAUGAUAUCAUAUCCAUGUAAAACUCCGUGUUAGUGAAGAUUUGAUUUAUACGAAACGAAAUGAAUAAAAGUUGCAAUUGUUUGUCUGGUUUA